AUGAUAAAAGCCAUUAUUAAUAAACUAAAGUCAUUAGGUGUAUCUCAGAAUUACGAUCAUGACGAUGAUCAUUAUCAUGACGAUGACGAUGAUCAUGACGAUGACGAUGAUCAUGACGAUGACAAUGACAAUGAUCAUGACGGUGACAAUGACGAUGAUCAUGAUCAUGACGAUGACGAUGAUCAUGACGAUGACGAUGGCGAUGAUCAUGAUCAUGACGACGACGAUGAUCAUGACGAUGACGAUGGCGAUGAUCAUGACGAUGACGAUGAUCAUGAUCUUGACGAUGACGAUGAUCAUGACGAUGACGAUGAUCAUGACGAUGACAAUGACGAUGAUCAUGACGAUGACGAUGAUCAUGACGAUGACAAUGACGAUGAUCAUGACGAUGACGAUGAUCAUGACGAUGACGAUGAUCAUGACGAUGACGAUGAUCAUGACGAUGACGAUGAUCAUAACGAUGACGAUGAUCAUGACGUUGUCGAUGAUCAUGACGAUGACGAUGAUCAUGACAAUGAUGAUGAUCAUGACGAUGACGAUGAUCAUGACGAUGACGAUGAUCAUGACGAUGACGAUGAUCAUGACGAUGACGAUGAUCAUGACGAUGACGAUGAUCAUGACGAUGACGAUGGCGAUAAACGUCAAAAAUGUCAGCAAAUAGCACAAAUACCACUUUCUUGA